UAGGCAAGUGAAUAAGGGUAUCUUCCCACAGUCAGAGGGAACCCAGGGGAAGGGGAAAGGAGAUGGAAGAGGAGGACCCAGAAGGACCUGAAACUGUCAAGAGAUCAAGGAAAGGUCUCCAUUCCAUCCAAGCAGGGAGUGGUGCAGAAUUCUGGGAAAGAGCUGUGCCAGAAAUCUUGGCUCAGGAUACUAUGACCGCAGAUGUACGCAGCCAGUACUUCCGGCAGUUCUGUUACAAUGAGGCCAAUGGGCCCCGGGAAGUUUGCAGCCAGCUCCAUGGACUUUGCAACUACUGGCUGAAGCCAGAGAGGCACUCCAAGAAGCAGAUCCUGGACCUGGUGAUCCUGGAGCAGUUCCUGACCAUCCUGCCCCAGGAGAUGCAGUUCUGGGUCAGAGGAUGUGGGCCAGAGACCAGUUCCCAGGCGGUGGCCCUGGCUGAAGGUUUCCUCUUGAGUCAGGCAGAGAAGAGGAGGCAGGCAGAGCAGAUGUGGGGACGAUCUGUGAAGGUGGAAGCAAAAUUCUCUGAGGAAGAAGGAGCUCCAUCAGAGAAAAGCCAGAGAGCGCAGGCCCAGGAGCAUGCCCAAGAUACCCUGUCAAGUGGCAGUGAAGAUAUGUUGUCAAGCCACCUUUGCAGAGGAGUGGAAACGGCUGCUCCACUUCUGGUCCAGUCACCGUUUUCCUUUGAGGAGGUGGCUGUGUAUUUCACUGAGGCCGAGUGGACAUUGCUGGUUCCAGGCCAAAGGGCUCUCUACAGGGACGUCAUGCUGGAAAACUAUAGGAACGUGGCCUCGCUGGCCUCAGACAUAGAGGAGACAGCUGGAGAAUUCCAGGGGUUCUCUUUGGAAAAAGCCAAGAGUGAAGAUGCCAAAGGACACUACGGAGAUGGACCACAGAAGCAGGAAGGAAGCCACACAGCAGGAGAUGAUCAGAGGAAUGAGGAGGAUGAGGAACGGCAGCCUCUUUCGCCAGAUGAAGUCAAGAAUGAAGACUUGAGGGGAAACUUCAGAAAUCAAGUUAGACCUAAGAGGCAGAAAAGAAGCCACAUGGUCAAGAAGAUGGGUCAACCCAUUCCUUGCCAAGGGGAGGAUUUCCAAGAAGUUAUUCACACGGAGAAGAAAACAUACAAGUGCAUGGCGUGUGGAAUGAACUUCUCAGAUGAAUCCCAAUAUAAUGCUCAUUUACAAAUGCACAGUGGAAAAAAGACCCAACAAUGGCUGGAGUGUGGAAAGAUCACAAGUCGCAGAGAAGAACUCCUUAGAUAUCAGAAAAGACAUACGGGAGAGAAACCUUAUAACUGCUCAGACUGCGGCAAGAGCUUCUUAAAGAAAUCAGAUCUUAUCCGACACCAAAGAAUUCACUCAGGAGAGAAGUUACCACUUUGCUCAGAGACUGAAAUGGAGUUCUCUGAGGGAGUAAAAGGUAAUGUACAUUUCCCAAAGCACAAUAUGAAGGCAUUUAAAUGCUUUUGGUGUGGAAAAUACUUCAAAUACAGAUCUCAGCUCCUUGUGCACCAAAGAAUCCACAGAGGGGAGAAGCCUUUUGAAUGCUCUGAGUGUAAGAAGAGAUUCAGUCAAAGUGGUGCUCUUCAAAAUCAUCUAAAAACCCACUCGAGGGAGAAGCCUUUUGAAUGCUCAGAGUGUAGGAAGAGAUUCAGUCAUAAUACCAAGCUUCAGAUGCAUCAAAGAAUCCACACAAGGGAAAAACCUUUGGAAUGCUCAGAGUGUGGGAAGCGAUUCAGUCACAAUAGCACUCUUCAAAAACAUCUAAGAACCCACACAGGGGAGAAGCCUUUUGAAUGCUCAGAGUGUGGGAAGAGAUUCAGUCAGAGUGGCAUUCUUCGAAAUCAUCUAAGAACCCACACAGGGGAGAAGCCUUUUGAAUGCUCAGAGUGUGGAAAGAGAUUCAGUCGGGGCGGCCAUCUUCAGAGUCAUGUAAGAACCCACACAGGGGAGAAGCCUUUUGAAUGCUUAGAGUGUGGGAAGGGAUUCAGUCACAGUGGCACUCUUCAGAAUCAUUUACGUACCCACACAGGGAAGAAGCCUUUUGAAUGCUUAGAUUGCGGGUCAAGAUUCAGUAACAGUGGACAUCUUCAAAGGCAUCAAAGAACCCACACAGGGGAGAAACCUUUUGAAUGCUUAGAGUGUGGGAAGGGAUUCAGUCAGAGUGGGUCUCUUCAAAAUCAUCUAAGAACCCACACAGGGGAGAAGCCUUUUGAAUGCUCAGAGUGUGGGAAGAAAUUCAGUCGUAGCAGUCAGCUUCAGCUCCAUCAAAGAACCCACACUGGGGAAAAGCCUUUUGAAUGCUCAGAGUGUGGAAAGAGAUUCAGUCACAGUAGCCAUCUUCAAAAACAUCUAAGAACUCACACAGGAGAGAAGCCUUUCGAAUGCUCAGAAUGUGGAAAGAGAUUCAUUCAGAGUGGUGCUCUUCAAAAUCAUCUAAGAACCCACACGGGGGAGAAGCCUUUUGAAUGCUCAGAGUGUGGAAAGCGAUUCAGUCAGAGUGGUGCUCUUCAAAAUCAUUUAAGAACCCACACAGGGGAGAAACCUUUUGAAUGCUCAGAGUGUAGAAAGAAAUUCCGUCAGUGUGGCCAACUUCAAAAGCAUCUAAGAAUCCACACAAGAAGAAACCAUGUAACUGCUUAGCUCCAAGGUGUCAAACUGAUUUGUUGCAAGGACCAGAUCUGAUAUAUCGCUUUGUUCAGCCACUCCAUGUGUGCCACACAAUGUAAUGCCAGGUAGCAGAGAUAUAAACUUCAGAAAGGACACAGGCAAACCCAGUUAAUGUUUUUUUUUUUUACUCAAAAAGCAAGUUUACUUAAAA